AUGGACACUUUGAUUUUGAAAACCGGUACACGAGCCAUCGGCGCUACAGCAACACCAUCCUCCAAUGCUCUUGGAGCUUCUUGUUCUGCUGCUCUCCGUCCCCGCGAUGUACAAAAUGGCCACAUCAUCUCCACAUCAGCUGCCCUGGGCAUCGGCGUUGUAAUCGGCAUCAUCGGCAUCGUCCUGAUGAUUCUUCUCGCGCUUUUCGUACACCACCGACGCACGUUACGCCCAACGCAACGGCAUGGCCAAGCCAAGCUAUGGAAGGGCUUCGAGCCAGUCACGCCGAAUACAGCGAGGACCUCGUUGAUGGAUUCAAAGAUGGCGACGAUUUAUUUGACUGUGCUACCGACACCUGUUAUGCCUGCUUUUCUUCCAAGUCCGCCGCCGAAGGGUCCACCGUCGAGGGGAGGAAGGAAAGGGAAGAGUGAGGUUGUGCGGGAGGAGACCAUCUACGAAGUGGCUAAUCUUGAAACCUAA